CUCUGUUACUGUAGCGUGUAAUCCACGUUUGAAGUUUUUGUUCGAUUCGAUAAAUGUUGGAGCCAAAACAGAGACAUCAACAAAAACAUGGGAUCCCAAUGAAUAAAUAGAUAAACUCUUGUCUGUCUAUAAAUAGACUUACAUCUUCAAAAAAGAUUUGUAUAAGUCUCCUCCACUUAAGAAGAUAUCAUUUGUAGCUUCUUACAAUGUCGCGACCAAUCCCCAUUGAAGAAAUGGUGAGGCUGUUCAAAAUACGUCACACAACAUCUCACUUGUUCAAGAUAGACAACUUCUCUUUACUCAAAAAGCAUGGAAUCGAAAAGGUCGAAUCCUCUGUUUUCGAUCUCGCUGGUCACAAAUGGAAACUCUCUGUGUACCCAAAUGGGCAUAAGAAUGCUAAGGGGACUCAUGUCUCCAUGUUCUUAGUGAAUCAAGUUCCGGUAAAUGAUAUGCCUACAUAUGAGCUCCUAGUCGUCAGUCAACUAGAGCGAAAAUGGCACACCCAUGGACGAGAUGAGUUUGAUAUAAAUCCAGAACCAGCUAGUGAGGGGUUUUUAAGGUUCAUAUCUCUUGCUGAUCUUGAGAGAAAAGGUUUCCUUAUUGGAGAUUGUUGUAUGUUUGGUGUCAAGUUUCAUGGGAUUGAACCUGCUAAUCCCGGAACAGCAGAGUGUUUUAGCUUAAUAGAGAAGCCUCUUAACCACAAAGUCACUUGGAUGAUGAGCAAGUUCUCGUCCUUCAACCCUGGAAAGGCUCAUCAGUCUAAUGAAUUUGUCGUUGGAACCAGGAAAUGGAGACUUGAAGUUCAUCCAAGAGGGUAUAUGGAUGAAAAAGACAAAUCAUUUUCUGUGUAUCUAUCAGCAGAAGGGUUUGUCAACAAUGCACCAAUGACAAAAACUUACGCCAAGUUCAAGCUGCGGGUAUUGGAUCAAGUUAGCUGGAAUCAUGUUGAGGAAUCAGGUUUGAGCUGGUUUGAUGCAGAACCUUCGGACCAAAGUGGCUUUGCGGAUUUCAUGCCUCUGGGGAAACUAAAUGAACCUUAUUUGGUAAAGGAUAAGCUUUAUGUGGGAGUUGAGUUUGAAGUCGUUUCUACCACUUAUUACUGUUAGCUUCUAGGCUGUAAUAAGUCUUAUUGUGAGCUAAAAAUAACAAGAAAUGUUAUAAUGUAUUGAAUAAAAUGUUGGAGAAUGUACCUACUGAGACUUGGAGGUGGAACUACAUUGACCUAGUCUUAGCCAAAGUCAGAUUUCUCUUUUUUGUCGUUCGUAUAAAUAAUACAGUUUGCUUCCAAGUUUCACUUUUGUCAUCAAAGUCAGACUUGCAAUUAGUUUUUAAACAAAUCUGUCUUGAGGGUAAAAACUGCAGAUGAAAAUCAACAAAUCCAAGCUAUAAAAGUAAGAGGAUGAAAUUGUCGUCACAUGAUCUCUUCGAUGGAUCAAAAAGAUAAGAAGAAGAAAAAACAAACAA